CUUCAAACUGCCCUUCUCGUUUGUGUGAAUUGUUUAAGCCCAGUUCCACUGAAACGAGGUGGCAGACACUCGCGCACUGCAUACGGACGCGUAACACUCGUCGCAUGCUUUCUUUCAAGUUUCCUUAUUAUAGGCGACUGUGGAGUAAGAAACAGGCGUAAUGGCACAGGGUGAUAAUAAUUUCCUAACCAUCCCCUCGCAAAAUAGUAUUUUCAUGACAGUGAGGGCUGAGCGUUCAGUAGAAGGGAACAGCAAGCUCCUGGGCGAUGAAGAUGAGGAAGAAACGGAGGAUGACUUUCGGCUUAUACCAAGGUCCUCUCCCGUGCCCAGAAAGCGAGGACUUUCAAUUGCCGAUGAAACAGCGGAGUACAUGCGAAUUCGACUCGCGCUGCCCAGCAGAAGAGUGUCGUUUGUUGACAGCACAGGAGGCGACCUGGCUGCUGUCAGAAUGUUUGUACUGUUUGAUUCGGAUGAUGAUGACGACUCAAAAUGGGAGGAAGAGCAGGCGCUGAACCGAAAGGCAUACCGUGAGCUCACUUACCAGGUGUCGCCAGAUUUCCAUGAGCUCGCGGGAACGGAGCUCGACCUCUCCGUUCACACUAACAAGGUGGAGGUGGAGCGCGUGGCAUCUGUACCGGACGACCCUGUGUCUUUCGAGGUGCUGAUCCGGGUGCUCAAUAUUUCUUUUCACAAAUCAGUCUAUGUCCGGUCCACAAUGGACGGAUGGGUCAGUCACUUUGAUCAUCCAGCCGAGUACGUCGAGGGCUCCAACGAUGUUGAAACGGACUCAUUUUCAGUGAAGCUGUCUUUCGCUUCACCGUACCUGUUCAACGGAGCGCGAAUCGAUUUCGUUGUGCGAUAUGAGACGUCAGAUGGAGAGUUUUGGGCGAACAACUCCGGCAAGAAUUAUUCAGUGACUCUCAUUCAGUCAUAUGAGGAAGACACUGACCAGUACACCAAGGCGGCGAAUAUUGAGCUAAGAGGUAUCCUGAAGCCCCCAAGAUCGGACAUUGACUACGAUAACUCUUAUGACAAAGAUGAUGCACACUUGAGCAGCAAAGACUGUGAAUCAUUGGAUGUUCAGACUGCUUGUGCACAGCCGAUUAUAGUCCAGCCAGAGAUCGACAUUGAGACAGCCAUGAAUUUGUCCAGUUUUCCACAGUCCAUCAGGCAUUUCUUAACAACAGGAUGUCCUCCAUCCACUACAAAUAUUCCCUAUGGAGAACCACUUCUGCUAGAGUCAAUUUUGUCCAGUAAUUCACCACAAACAGAAGAGUCUGAAACAACGGGUGAAAUUAUUCAACAGUUAUCAGUACUUGACCAAAGAUCACAUAUAUAUCAACAGUUUUCUGAACCUCAAGAUCAAGUCUUAAGUCUAUAAUGUUGUCUCUUCAUUGUCUCCUAAUAUCCUUGUCUUCUUCAAUGAUGAGACAUCAGAGAAUGAUUUUGAGGAAUCUCUUAAAUCUGAACCUCAUCCACAUAAAGAUGAUUUCCAGUCUGAGAUUUCAUCACAAGUGACUUUUGAGUUUGGCCAAACCUCAAUUGCUGGGCUUCCGGGCAGAAGGUAUAAAAAUGUUAAAGGAGAAGAAAGAUGUUGAGGAAAUACAGUUAGAAAUCAAUGAGACAGAGGCAGACAUGCUGGAACAGCAAAUCAGAAAAUCGAGGAUGAACAGACAAACGCUUACUUUCAAAUGUUGGAUGAAGCAGUGUAGCCUCAUUCCUCAAUUAACAUUAAUAAUGAUGAUGCAACUGGUGGUACACUUCAAUCUCACUGUGGAUGCAGACAGUUACUCUGAGAGCUUACAGCACCCUCUGGGGGAAGCAUCUCAUGAACAGGAAUUACAAGUCAGCUCUAUGGUGAGAGCCGAGACCACAAAGGUGGUUGAAGUGAUGCUCACAAUGGAAAGCACCAGGAUGGGUGAUGAGGAAAUGGCUGGUUUGGUGGUUUUCUGUCUUGCAGUCACCAAUUCAGGUCCCAUAAGACUGGACAGAGAAACCCGGAAACCUUUCAACCUGAGCUAACCACAACACAACAUCAGAUAGACUUGAUCUGGAGGAGAGUGGGUUUGCCUCAGUCUUGCCUGAGGAUACAAACGGUAAACAAACCAUUACCAUGUCUACUCCAGACCAUCAAAAAAUAAACAGGAAAAGUCAGGACUGGUCAGCAUUUCUGGAAUGACAUUUAUAGCCUCUGAUUUCACCUUCAGUCUUCGUCAUUUAUAUGUUCUAUCCUCAACAGAAGAUGAUAUAACUUACCAUAAUUCUUUCCAGAGUGAUGAACUGACUGCUGUUACAAAGCAAACAUGUUAAGACUCAGAAACCCAGACACCACUGCUUAGAGAAAGCACAAACAUAUGUGAAAUAUCAAAGGGUCAGACCAAGGUAACUCUGGACAAGUCUCUGAUUGCCUCAUUCACUUUCUUCAGUGCUGUUGUCUGCAUUGCUGCUGGGAUUCAAGAGCCCAGCAUUUUCCUGUUUGUGGGAUUAUUCUUAUUGUCCCUCUGUUUCUGGUGUUUCUUUGUAGCUUUUCUUUCUCCUCCAUCCCUUACUCCUAAAAAGCCUUAAGACAUUACAUUCUUCUUUUCUCUAUUGUGCCUUGAUGAAUUCCAACAAUAAGUUUAAUAUAAACCAAGCUGGUGUUAUAUUUGUGUUUAUAUAAAUGUAAAUAGAGCAGUAGUAAUAGUUUUUGUGUUUUUGAAUUUAGUAGAUGAAGUCGUAUGCGGUUUUCCAGAAUCGGGCCAAAUGGUUCUCAUUGUGGAUCGGCACUGUUCCAGGCUUGUUGGCACAGUUAUGUUUUUUGUUUUCCACUGUAGUGCUGCAAAAACAAGAUCAGAAUGGACUGAUUGGGCACGUGAACAAUCGGGAGUCGCCACAUCACUACAUCCACCAAAGUAGUUGGACUUUACUAAACCGUGCUCAAGUGGAAAUGCUACUGGAACCAUUACUCACCAUGCUCAGAAGCGUUCGGCCCAAUGGCUUUGACCUAUUUUAUAACUUCCAGACUUCCAGCAUAUAAUUUCCAGUGGUUAUUAUAAAUAAAAAAUAAUAGUACGAGCAGACAAUGUGUGUUUUAGCUGAAUGACAUUACUAUAUUCAUUUUCAUUAUUUGUCAUUGGCAAUAUGGCUCAACUUUACUGUAAUUAUUUACACUCACCAAUAUUUUUGUCAGUUGUUUUUGUUUCUGUUGAGCAAAUCAUACUGCCCCUAAAAACAUGCAUUUGGUUUAUUUGAAACUUGGAUGACUUGAGGGUGAGCGUAAGUAGGUUUUAUGUUUGAAAUUAUGUAGACUGACAUGAGACUAAGCAAACAGCCCAAAGUGAUUGCUGAGAAAUUCAGAAAAGUUUAAACUUGUAAGAGUUUAAAACAAACAAUUAAAAUUAAGGGCUUACAAAUUAAAGGUGACAAAGUGUAAAUCUCUAUAGACAUUGGGCUUGUAUAUUAAUUUACUGGACUGCACUGUGAAACUGGCGUGUGUGACAUUGUAUAUGGAUAUGUAUAUGAUCUUUGUUUAACCUAGAUUACACAAAUAUUUUGCCUGUAAACCUAAAAUUAUAAGUUUUUAUUUUUUAAAUGUGUUACAUUUUUGGAUUAUUCAACAAUAACGUGGGUUAAAGAAACAU